CUGAGCCAAAAAUAAAAUAGCUUAGGAAUCAAUAUAUAUUUUCUUGGCCUUUGAUUAUUAUUUGCGUGUUGGCAAUUCGUCAAUUAAAAGAAAAAUACUGUCCCUGAACAAGAUCCAACAUGAAAACAUGACGGACUGGACUUCCGAUCGUUUAUGGGUUUGCCAGCUGAACACUUGAGGCCAGGCUCUGAAUUAGCCAUAAUAGAUUCUGGGCCGUGACUUAACGCUGUAUUUUAAAAAUCAAAAUUUUUAGUGUUUUUUAAUAGUUUUGAGCACUUGGGAUGUGUUAGCGACAAAUUAAGUGUCUGCUAAACUUUUAGAUUCAGCUGCUUGCAACUUUCCAGAAGUCUUCUGAAUCAUUUUCUUGCGACUUGAUAGGCAGACACCUCCAGCUCCCAGAUUUGAUAACACAUCUGCAAUAAAUGGGGACCUCUAUCUUCUAAUCUUUGGUGGUUGUUCCCAUUCAAUCUUCUUCAAUGAUCUUCAUGUACUCGACUUCAGACUAUGGAGUGGUCCAAGCCCGAAGUUCAAGGUGAUUUGGUUACUCCUAGGACUGGUCAUGCUGGUGUAGCCAUUGGUGAGAACUGGUAUAUCGUUGGUGGUGGAGAAAACAAAAAUGUUAAGCAGUAACUUUUCUUCGUCUAAUUCCAGUUACUGGAUUUGCUUAGCACUAUUCUCUAAAAACUGUGCCUUCAAUUGUUGAUGAUUCCCAGGUUGCCAAGAGAUCCUUGUUUUAAAUAUUUUCUAAGCUUGCUUGGAAUAGUGCAAGGGAAAGAGAUCCACUUGCUUGCGAGGGGAGUACUUUGUGCCUUUCUCAAGUUUUACUCUGUAAUUUUAGCCACCCAUUUUAUUGAGAGAACUUUUCGACUGGAAGCAACACCUUGUUAGUACAUCGGCAUUUUUCAGAAAAGCUAGAUUAUGGAUAUCAAUUUCACUGGUCAAAGAUGAAUAAUAUGAAAAGGACUAAAAACUAUCAAAAUCAACUUGAAACAUGGGACGUAUCAUUCUGGAUCUCAUUUAAUAUUUACAGGGCUGUAAGCUUGCUUGAAUUUGAAGAAGAACUCACUCCCUGUUUCAGACAUCAAUUUUUCCUUUUAUGGAUUCCAUGCUUGCACUGAUUUUGAUGGGAAACUUAUCUUGUAUUGAAAAUUCAUUUUUGGGGAAAUGCAAAAGCUGUGGUGGAAUAUGUUAAAAAUUUAGUUGUGGCUGAAUUGAUGGAGAAGUUACUUCCAUGCCCGCAAAAUUUUCUAAUUAUAAUCUCAAAAGCAGGGACUUGGUGUUUGCUCAGUAUUAAUUAACGGAGAGAGGCAUUUGGUUGCCUUUGGUGGCUAUAAUGGGAAAUACAACAACGAGUUUUUGUUAUGAGACUUAAACCAAGAGAUGCAUCGCGUCCAAAGAUUUUUCGGUCAGCAGCUUCUGUUACUGCUGCACAUGCCUUGGCCAAAUCUGAAAAGUUGGAUUUCUCCAACUUAAAUCUGAACUCUAAUGGAACUGGAAAGAAUUCUACUGAACAAGAUUUGGGAUUUGAAAUUGAUGCACUGAAAGAAGAGAAAAAGGUGCUGGAAUUGCCCCUCGCAGAAGUCAGAGCAGACAAUUUUAGGCUUACAGAAAAGAUUGAUGAAGUUAAUGGUACUCAUGCAGAACUCUCCAAGGAACUUCAUUCUGUCCAAGGUCAACUAGUUGCUGAAAGAUCAAGAUGCUUUAAACUUGAGGCACAAACUGCCGAGUUACAGAUGAUGCUGGAAUCAUUGCAGUCCAUAGAGAAUGAAGUACAGCUACUUAGAAGACAGAAGUCUGCAUCGGAUCUGUUGGUGUCUGGCGUUGGAUAGCUGGCUAAACUGGCACAUCACAGAACCGCUUGAAGCCAUUGCCUCAAAAUUGUGCCAAAAUUUUGGCAGCCGAAUCCAUCUCAAGCUAAUAGGAAUGCUAUAAUCUUAUGCUGCCCCUUGUGUGUAUCUGGCCAAUGCGUGCUUGCAGCCUUGCUAUCCUUUGGCCAUUUUUAGAGUUUAUUUGGGAGGUUUAAGUUAGAAACGGGUACAGGUUGUAGUCUGUGCAGUCACGCUGUUGUUUUUCUCUGUGAAAUGGGUAAUUGUUUGAUUUUCUCACCCCCAGUUAAUGACAUUGAUUUUAUUUGUUUUGUACAAUUGAAUUAUUCUCUCCCAGCACACCAUAAAUAAUUAGUGUUUUUUUAAUUACAAUAUCAUAUAUUUUAUUGGAAGAGAACCGAUUCUUGGGGUGCAUUUCUGAAA